AUGGGACAAACUAUCACCACCCCCAAAAGUUUAACUUUGCAGCACUUCAAGGAAGUCCGUGACAUCGCCCACAAUCUCUUGGUGGAAGUGCGGAAAGGAAAGUGGGACAUCUUCUGCUCAUCUGAAUGGCCCACCUUUGACGUGGGCUGGCCACGAGAUGGCACCUUUAACCUAGAUAUUAUUUUGCAGGUGAGCCAAGUCAUGAAUCCUGGGCCCCAUGGGCAUCCAGACCAAGUCCCUUAUAUCAUCACGUGGGAAUCUCUGGUCAAGGACCCCCCACCGUGGGUGAAGCCCUUCUUGCCUCCCCCUUGCCCAAAACCCACUCAUUCUGCCCCCCCUCUCCCGCCUCCAUUAGUUUCUACCCCAGUUAACUCCACCCUUUACCCAGUCCUUAUGAAACCUACUCCAGAAAAGGACCCUAGCCACAAGAAGACACCCCCGGUCCUGCCGGCGGAUGAUGGCCCUCUACUGGACCUGAUGACCGAACAACCCCCUCCUUACAGGGGCCCAAACCCGGCACAGGAACCAGGGGAGGCAACCGCCAGAGGGGGACCCCAGGGAGAGCCCCCCUCGCCCCCUGUGGCGGGACGCUUAAGGGGAAGACGAGAAGUCACUCCCGACUCCACAUCCCAGGCCCUACUGCUACGGAUGGGGCCUGACAGCCAGCUCCAAUAUUGGCCCUUUUCUGCGUCUGAUUUAUAUAAUUGGAAAAAUAAUAACCCUGCUUUUUCGAAGGAUCCCUCUAGGCUCACUGCAUUGAUCGAGUCUAUUUUAGUGACUCACCAGCCCACCUGGGAUGAUUGCCAACAGCUGCUCCAGACGCUGCUGACCACUGAGGAAAAGCAGCGGGUUGUCAUAGAGGCACGUAAAAAUGUUCCAGGAGACGAUGGACAACCCACCCAGCUGCCAAACAGAAUAGAUGCGGCUUUUCCCUUGGAGCGACCGGAUUGGGACUUCUCCACUGAGCGCGGUAGGGAACGCCUACGUCAAUAUCUCCAGUUGCUCAUGGCGGGUCUCCGUGGGGCCGCAAAGCGCUCAACUAAUUUGGCCCAGGUUAAAUUAGUGACUCAAAAGUCUGAAGAAUCUCCCUCUCCCUUCCUAGAACGCCUCAAGGAGGCAUAUCGUGUGUAUACUCCCUACGAUCCAGAUAGUCCGGAUCAGGCAACUAACUUAGCCAUGUCUUUCAUUUGGCAGUCAGCCCCAGAUAUUAGACGGAAGUUAGAAAGACUUGACAAUUUAAGAGAGAAUACAGUGCAGGAUUUGCUGAAGGAGGCAGAGCGGAUUUAUAACAAGAGAGAGACACAGGAAGAAAGGGACAAAAGGCUGAAGAGAGAGGCAGAAGAAAGGGAGAAUGUCAGGGAGCGGAAGAGAAAUAAAGAGUUUAGCAGGUUGUUGGCCACUGUAGUGACAGAACAAAGGCAGAGUAGACAGGACCUGGGAGGCCGUAGGGGUCCCCGACUGGACAAGGAUCAAUGCGCCUACUGCAAGGAAAGAGGGCAUUGGGCCCGAGACUGUUCCAAGAAGCCAAAGGGCCACCAAAAGGGACCUCAAAGACGCAAGCCUCAGACCAAUUUGCUCAAUCUGGAAGACUAGGGGUGUCGGGGUCAGGAGCCUCCCCCUGAACCCAGGAUAACUCUUAACGUGGGGGGGCAGCCUGUCACCUUCCUGGUGGACACCGGAGCCCAACAUUCGGUACUCACCACCUCACCGGGACCCCUAACUGACAAAUCAGCAUGGGUUCAAGGAGCAACCGGAGGAAAGAGGUACCGUUGGACUACCGAGAGGAAGGUACAACUCGCCACCGGUAAGGUAACUCACUCCUUUUUGCACGUCCCUGAUUGUCCCUACCCCCUGCUGGGGAGAGACCUACUUAGGAAACUUAGGGCACAAAUCCACUUUCAGGGGACUAAAGCCCAUAUUACCGGGCCGCAGGGACAGCCCUUGCAUGUGCUAACCAUGCACUUACAAGAUGAGUACCGGCUCCACGAGCCUGAGAAACCUGAGUCGCAGGAUGUGACUAGUUGGCUAGAGAAAUUUCCCCUGGCUUGGGCGGAGACUGGAGGAAUGGGUCUCGCCAUUCACCAACCGCCCUUGGUGAUUGCUCUAAAGGCAUCUGCGACUCCUGUCUCUAUCAAACAAUAUCCAAUGUCACAUGAGGCCUACCAGGGAAUCAGACCCCACAUUCAGAGACUUUUAGAUCAGGGCAUAUUGGUACCAUGCCAAUCUCCUUGGAAUACGCCUCUCCUUCCAGUCAAAAAGCCAGGAACAGGAGAUUAUCGCCCAGUACAGGACUUAAGGGAAGUCAACAAAAGAGUGGAGGACAUACACCCCACAGUCCCCAACCCAUACAAUCUGUUGACUGGGCUUCCCCUGAGAUAUGUUUGGUAUACAGUCCUGGACCUCAAGGAUGCUUUCUUCUGUUUGAGGCUCCACCCAAAGAGCCAAUCUCUUUUUGCCUUUGAGUGGAAGGAUCCAGAGCUGGGAAUAUCGGGCCAGCUUACUUGGACAAGAUUACCACAGGGGUUCAAAAACAGCCCCACCCUUUUCGGUGAAGCUCUACACCGGGACUUGGCUGACUUCAGGGUCCAUCACCCUACCCUAAUUUUACUCCAGUAUGUGGAUGACCUCCUCCUGGCUGCAGAAACUGAGAAAGAAUGUAAGGAGGGAACAGAGGCCCUUUUGAGAACUUUAGAAAUUCUAGGAUACAGGGCCUCAGCCAAAAAGGCCCAGAUUUGCCAAAGACAAGUUACUUAUUUGGGAUACCAGAUCAAAAAUGGGCAAAGGUGGCUGACCGAGGCACGGAAACAGACAAUUUUGGGAAUUCCAGAACCCAAAAAUCCGAGGCAGUUAAGAGAGUUCCUAGGUACGGCGGGGUUUUGCCGCCUCUGGAUCCCGGGGUUUGCAGAGAUGGCCGCACCACUCUACCCCCUUACCAAACAAGGGACUCUCUUCACUUGGGGGGAUGAACAACAGAGGGCCUACGCAUCAAUAAAAGAGGCCCUGCUAACUUCCCCUGCAUUAGGAUUGCCGGAUUUAAACAAGCCCUUUGAGUUGUUCGUGGACGAGAGACAAGGGUAUGCUAGAGGAGUCCUGACUCAAAAACUUGGACCUUGGAGGCGUCCGGUUGCCUACCUGUCUAAGAAACUCGACCCAGUGGCCUCAGGUUGGCCCCCUUGCCUACGGAUGGUGGCUGCGAUCGCCCUCUUGCUCAAGGACUCUGGCAAACUGACUAUGGGGCAGCCAGUAACUAUCCUGGCUCCACAUGCGGUUGAGGCCCUGGUAAAACAACCUCCGGGCCGAUGGCUCUCUAAUGCCCGCAUGACUCAUUACCAGGCUCUGUUACUAGACACUGAGAGAGUGCAAUUUGGUCCUGUGGUAGCCCUCAACCCAGCAACGCUGCUUCCCCUACCAGAAGGUCCAGAAGUUCAUGAUUGUCUCCAGAUACUUACAGAGGUACAUGGCACCCGACCUGACCUAACUGACCAACCCCUUUCGGAGGCCGACUUCACCUGGUUCACCGACGGGAGCAGUUUCCUGGACAACGGAGAGCGGAGAGCAGGGGCUGCGGUCACCACCGAAACUGAGGUAAUUUGGGCCAAGGCCCUACCACCUGGAACCUCAGCGCAACGGGCCGAACUCAUCGCCCUGACCCAAGCCCUCCGAAUGGCGGAAGGUAAGAAGCUAAAUGUCUAUACAGACAGCCGUUAUGCCUUUGCUACUGCUCAUAUCCAUGGAGAAAUAUAUCGAAGAAGGGGACUGCUUACCUCCGAAGGGAAAGAGAUUAAAAAUAAGACGGAGAUAUUGGCCUUGUUAGAGGCUUUGUUCUUACCCUCGAGGCUGAGCAUUAUUCAUUGCCCAGGUCACCAAAAGGGGGACAGCUUGGAAGCCAGGGGCAACCGCUUGGCGGACAUGACAGCCAGGGAAGUAGCGAUGCAAGGAAAUUCAGAGGCUCCCCGCCUCAUGGCCAUAGAUCUGGCCAUGGCAGAGGCCCACUCCGUCCAAAAACCCUCCUUCCAUUUCCAUUAUACUGAGGAGGACCAAAACCUCCUCAAAGGAAUGGGGGCCGCAUACAACCCCACAACAAGACUCUGGACUUUCAACGAGCGACCUGUGUGGCCCCUACAACAGACCCGGGACCUGAUCAAGUAUCUCCAUCAACUGACCCAUCUUAGCUCCAAAAAGAUGAAAACCCUCCUGGACAGAGAGGAAAACGCCCACUAUCUGCUAGGUAAAGAUAAAAUCCUACAAGAAGUAGCUGAAGAAUGCACGGCAUGUGCCCGAGUCAAUGCAAGCCGCAACAAGAUCGGUGCGGGGGUCAGGGUCCGAGGACACCGCCCUGGCACUCAUUGGGAGAUAGACUUCACCGAGGUGAAACCUGGACUCUAUGGGUACCGGUACUUACUGGUAUUUAUAGACACUUUUUCUGGGUGGGCAGAAGCCUACCCUACUAAACAUGAGACUGCCAGAGUUGUCACCAAGAAACUAUUAAGGAGACUUUAA